GAUCACAGUAGGUUGGUAAGUGUUUUAGUCAAAGCGUGGAAAAUAUCUGUACAAAGGUGUAGAAAAUGACUAAGCUAGUAAAGAAAUUGAAGCAAAUGGAGAAAAAACGUUCCCAUCGCAAGACCGUUCAAAAAAGAAAGAUCGAGCGGGUUCAGCGACAAGUCGAAAAUGAGAAACGCGAACAAGACACACAGUUCGAAAGGGAAGUCGAUGUUGAAAUCGACAGGGUAAACCAACAGCAUGCCUCUUUUCAUAACAGUCAAAGCGAGGGGGGGAAUGGGUCUAUUGGUGCGCAGAAUCCUAAAGGCUCCUUGGGGGUAAGCGAAUCUCGUUUGGCAACAAAGCAGCUUAUCGGUGGCAUCGUUGUCGAAGCUCCAGCGCGCAAGAAUAAAAAGCAACUCACUAGAAAACAGAUGAAGCGAAAAUCAAAAAUGAUGGAGCACGGUGAAGCUGUCCAAGAUGCAUUAUCCAAGAAAUGGAUUCAUAAGAGGAUGCGCGUUAAGCUUCGGGCGCAGAUUCGAAAUCAAGAUCUCCACAACUAAAUAAAACGUCUGGAAGCUGCUAAGGCUAUUACCCCAUAGCCGUAUUGUAUCUAAGGAAGCACUAAUGAAAUUGCAUAAGUAAGCGCAUCCCAUGUCGUUGUAGCUAACCAUCGAGUAAGCAACAAACAACCACU